UGUUAGCAUCCCUCGUCGUCGCUAUAAUUAUAAUGUGCAUUUGUUUUUGUCCACAAGAAUUGGCCGAUUUUCCAGUUGCAUUAUUUGUUUUGUUACGAUGAGAUCGCGGUGGUAGCAACGUAUAAUGGUGUAGAUGUCCCGGUGUCCUCGCGUUUAUGUUCGUUUCGUAUUUGUUUGCAAGAAAAGAAGGAGCUUUGAUGUUGAGGCCGUCAGCUAAAAAAACAAGACAGCUGAUCCACAGACUAUUACUCCUCACACCUGCUACGAAUAAGUGAGAUUUAUUUACAAAACUGGCCUGCAAAAGGCUUUUCGUCGGCUUUACCCUAUUUAUAUAACACCAAGUUGUGUGAAGAUGGCCCUGCCAAGGAAUUUAAUAAACAAGAUCUAUGACAUUAAGGCGCACGACAGCAGGGUCACUAGCCUGGAUCUGGGCGAGACGGGUGGAGUGCUGGUCACCGGUGGAGAGGAUCGUAAUGUCAAUCUUUGGGCUAUUGGACAAAAUGAAUGCUUUAUGUCCCUGACCGGCCACAAUCGCUCCAUUGACUGCGUCCGUUUCGCCUACAAGGAUAACUUUGUGUACUCUGCCGAUGAUAUAGGAAUUAUCCGGCGAUGGGAUUUGAAUGCGCAGAAAAUAUACUCUACGCUUAAUGGUCACAUGAAGAGUGUUCGUACUCUGGACUUUAAUCCCUCUGGGGAGUAUGUGGUAUCCGGUAGCAAUGAUACCACCGUGAGAUUGUGGGACGUGCAGAAUGAAAACAAAUGUAUUCGGAUUUGCCGGGGACACAUGUCACAUGUCAACUCUGUGAAAUUCUCUCCAGACGGACUAUGGAUUGCCUCCGCUGGCCUGGAGGGCUCCAUUAUCAUCUGGGACAUACGGAAGAGCAAACAGAUUAUGGAGUUUAUAGCUGAGCCCCCGGUAACAGCCAUCACCUGCAUACAGUUUCAUCCGUUUGAGUUCCUGUUAGCCGCCGGCCGUGUGGAUGGAACCGUGUCUAUCUACGAUCUGGAGCAGCAGCAGCUUGUGUCGCAGACCACACACUUUUAUGGCCAAACCAUAAAAUGUAUUACGUUCAGUGAAAAUGGCGAGUGCCUCUUUGUGGGGAGUGCAUCUGGCAUUUCUGUCAUUGGCUGGGAGCCAGAUCGUGAGCUUGAUCAUAUCAAGAGUACCUGGUCCUCGUUGGGCGACAUGAAAGUGAUCAAGAAUAAGCUGAUCUGCGGUUGUCAUGAGGAUGACACCGUUUCUAUCAACACCAUCAGCCUGGACCGUGUGAUACCAUUCUAUCAGCCGGCCAAUGCGCUGCCCAAUUUCAAGCACAACUCGACCAAUCGGAAGAGCUUCACGCGUGGCAAUCAAAAGUUUCGACUGUCGCUGGGCGGCUCCAAGCCAGCCCAAGUGCGAGAGGAGCACGAGGACAAUAAGAGUGAACUGUCGUCGCCCAACUUAAGUCUGGAGGUUGUGAAUGAGGCUGUGCUAGAAUCUGCAGAGACAUCGCCAAUGUCCUCACUGCCGCCUGCCCAGCUACCGGUAAUGCCAGGGUCCUCCUCCUCAUCGGGGGCAGACCUGGCAUAUCACGGCGGUUUGUAUGGUCAUGGCGAGGCAUCGCUGAGGCAGGGCAAGUACUCGCGUGGAGCCGACAGUCUCUCAUAUAACAACAUUGAGGCCAACUAUGGUGCCAACUAUGGCAUAGAUAGCCAAAGUCACCUACGCCUACAGUCAAUGAACGGACCGAGUUCGCUUCACAACUACAAUAUAUACUCUCUGGGGAAAGACGAGGACUCUGAUGCAGAGGCGGGUGUACAGCCUUUGAAUGACAGCAAUCCGCCGAUACUCACUAAUUACGACAACUACGAGAUGGCCGAGGAUUUCCCCGUCAAUCAAAACCUCAACUACAUGGCCAAUCCCUACAAGAGCACAUCCGCUGUGGCAGCGUCCUCCACCAUUAAUGCCUCGUCAAAAUCGAUUAAAAAGACAACAAUGACCAGCCUGCACAAGCGGACAACGGGCAGCAUGGCCAGCACGAAGCAAACGUCCAGUAAGCUCAGCCAGGUCUCCUCCGUCAGCUCCAUGGAACUGCACAAGCUGGACGACAAUAUGGUACUGAAAAAGUCAUCCUCCUCGAAUGUGGUCAAUAAGAACAAGCGGCCGAUGGGUGCGGCCGGGCAAAGCCAGUUCUACAAAGAGAACAGCCAGCAGCAGCAAAAGAACAUCAGUGUGGAGAUCAUAACAAAGCCACCAAUGCGUUCCCGCACCACUCUGGAUAUGCGUUCGUCGCAGCAGCAGCAGUCCAAGGCUCAGGAGAAGUCUCAUAAUGCUCAUCAGCCACUGAACAAUCGAAUCACUGCGGAUGAUCAUCAUUACGAUUUUGAUGUUCUCUCGCGACCGCAUGAGGCUGUGCUUAAGGAGCUAAGCAAUCGCCAGUCUAGCCUGGAUUUGCUGCGUAACGCUACGCGGUCGCAUGAUGUCCUAGGCGCCCUGAGGCAGGCGAAGAACUGCGGCAGAUCUAUUUUUAUAGACCUGCUCGGAGCCAUACUAGAAAGCCGUAAGAUCCCACAAGCUUUAUAUAAUUCCCUUGGUAAUAAUACCAUAAAAUUAUCUUUUAGGUCAUCGUGGAAUUUGGAUUUCUGCAUGUUUGUAUUGCCAGAGCUAUACGAGCUGCUGCAGAGUCAACACAAGUUCCACUUUACACGUGCCUGCGAUACACUUCGUAUUAUUCUGUCUAACUUCUUGCCCAUUAUCCAGGAGAAUCUAGACUCCUGGGCAUCCAAUGGCUUGGGCGUUGAUGUGACACGCGAGGACCGCCAGAGGAAGUGCGCCGAAUGCCAACGAUGGCUGCUCCAAAUCAAGAAUCUGCCUGAAAGCAUUCAUUUUGGUUCCACAUUGACACAACUGCAAAACAAUAUUGUUUUCUAAGCGUCCCAAUGGCAUCCUGCAUCAGUUGUAAAAUUGUCGUCAGGUUGUCAGCUCUGGAAGGGUACGACGGACAGCGGAGCAUCCGGCUCAGGCUCAGGAGGAGAAGAAAAACCACCAGCUUCCUAAAAACCUGCUAUGAACACAGUGUUGUGUGGGGGAGUUUGCCUCAUUUGUUGUCGCUCUAAGCUGCCAAAACUACGGAAUUUUAAAAAACAUAAACUAUCAAGGAAUUUGAUUGAGGAACAGCCUGGGGGGAGCGCGAGCCCGCUCUUCCGCACCCUGUUCUGUUCGUCCAGCAUUAACUUAGUCAUUAAAAAUGAUUUAUAUUAUUAAUUUUUGUUAUUGAAACUAAUUUAUACAAUUAUUAUUAUUUACCUAAUAUCCCUAAGACUUAUAAAUUUCACAAAAACAUAAACCACAA